AUGCCUACUGACGAUUACAGCUACCUGCCUGAUGCAUUGCCUCCUCUUCCUGAGGUCCCGGACACCGGGUCAGUCCUGAGCUCUGUUGACAUUCCAGCUCGCUGCCUCCGCAACCCGACCUUCCGCCACGCCCCUUCUCGCUACUGCUCUGCCCUCAGCAUGGACUCCUCUCCCGAUAGCGCAGAAAGGCCCAUCAGCUACAGCUCCACCUCUUCCUCUGCGUCCUCCAGGGACAGUCACUGCUCACUGGGCAGCCGUUCCACUCUCGUCACUGCCCCGCACUGUAACCCCGUGACCACAGACCGAGACUCCGGGGCAAUUCGGUUGGAGCUGGUCCCUGCAAGGCAGCUGGGAUGCAGAGAGGAAGACGACAGAAAUGAUGGAGCGAUGGACACAGGGACAGGGCAAGGGAGGUACAGCAGUGGACAGACUCCAGCAGAAAAUUCAGAGCCUGAGCUGAGCCCAGAGGGAGGUGAGCAGGCAAAUCAGGGACAGGGACCAAGAACAUAUGUAGACCGGGUAGUGCAGGAAAUACUGGACACAGAGAGAACCUAUGUACAGGACCUACGCAGCAUUGUAGAGGACUAUUUGGAGUGCAUAAGUAACCAGUCGAGACUGGCCUUGAGCUCUGAGGAUAAAAAGUCACUAUUUGGCAACAUCCAGGACAUCUACCACUUUAACAGGGACCUUCUUCACGAUCUUGAGAAGUGCAAUGCAGACCCUGUGGCCAUCGCAGAGUGCUUUGUAUCCAAGAGUCAGGAGUUCCACAUUUAUACCCAGUACUGCACCAACUACCCACGGUCGGUUGCCGUGCUCACAGAAUGCAUGAGGAACAAGGCGUUGGCAAAGUUUUUCCGCGAGCGCCAAGAAUCUCUAAGGCACUCCUUGCCCCUGGGCUCCUACCUGCUCAAGCCAGUGCAGAGGAUCCUCAAGUACCAUCUACUAUUGCAUGAGAUAGCCAACCACAUGGAGAAGGACACAGAGACCUAUGAGGUUGUGCAAGAAGCCAUAGACACCAUGCAGAGAGUGGCGUGGCACAUCAACGACAUGAAGAGGAAGCACGAGCAUGCUGUGAGGUUGCAGGAAAUCCAAAGCCUUCUCACCAACUGGAAGGGUCCUGAUCUGAUCGGCUAUGGAGAGCUGGUUCUCGAAGGAACGUUUCGUCUGCAGCGAGCCAAAAAUGAAAGAACUCUCUUCCUGUUUGACAAACUUCUGCUAAUUACUAAGAAACGAGAAGAAACCUACACGUACAAGGCUCACAUCCUGUGCUGUAAUCUGAUGCUGGUGGAAGUUAUCCCUAAAGAACCACUGAGUUUCAGCGUGUUUCACUACAAGAACCCGAAACUACAGCACACAGUCCAGGCCAAAUCGCAGCAAGACAAACGCAUGUGGAUCUUACACCUCAAGAGACUCAUACUUGAAAACCAUCCUGCCAAAAUCCCUGCCAAGGCCAAACAAGCUAUUUUGGAGAUGGAUGCAACACAUCACCCUGGGUUCCGUUACACCCCUGACGGUGAAAAGAAGGAUUCUCCUCAAACCAAGGAAGGCCCCACUCCUCGCAGAGGACGAAGAAAAGAACCUCUAUCCAAAUUACUGAAGAAUGCUAAACAAAAUGCGGCCAACACAGACGGAGAAAAACGAACAAGUCUAGGCACGCUGCUUUCUCCGGUGUCCCAGCUGGCUCUGGGCACUAUAGGUCGCAGCCGUAGUCUCAUCAACCAAUCACAAGAGUCCUUAGAUCCUGGCGAUCACUAUGACCACAGUGACCGGGAGGAAGGGGAGGAGUCACAUCAGCAGGACGCUGAUGAUGAGGAUGACAGUGGUCUGGGAGGUGGAAAGAGGCUCCGGGUGCCUGGCAAAGGCAGUAGAAAGAGGCUGAACCCUCAGGCUUCUGUUGAUAGCAUAGAACAGUGGAAAGCUUUCAACAUGAGUCCAUCAGACCUACAGAGAGCCAGAGAAUCCCUAGUACGGGAUGGAAGCCACCACCCACCACUCCUCAGGACACCUCACGUAACAGAGGAACCUCCAGACUCCCCCAUUCCCUCUGUAAUCGUCACAGAAAGUGAUCACUCAGUAAGGAACAUUUGGGCAGAUCAUCAGGCUCGCAGGGCCAUGUUCCCCACCCGCCAGAGAACAAUGCAGCCUGAUGACGAGGAUGAGGACAUCUACCAGAUGUUUGUUCCCACAGAGCCAAAUGGACCAGAACCUGAAGUGCCUUCAGAGAGGUCAGAGGCUACCUCAUCGCCCAGGACAGCUCGACCCUGCAGCUGGCAUGUAGAACAGGUGCCCACAGUGCAGAUUGAACCUCCACCCAGUGGUAGCAGAGUCCUGCGGCGGGCGAGCAGUGUGGGAGAGAAGGCUACGGAGGCUCGAGGGAGUCCUGAAGACGACCAGGCCAGUCACAGCAACCUGGAAGUGAUCCACACUGAAUCAUCCAGCAAUGACAUAUCUGGAUCAUCCUCAGCUGAGCAGCUGACGAUGGACGAUAUUGAAAAUAUAUAUGACAACAUCAGCUAUGAGGACCUAAAGAGCAUGGGCCUCAUCAGAAGAGACCCUGAAGAAAGCCAGUUGCAGAAAGAUACAUCUACAGAUGCACAGGGUUCCCAGAGUGAGGCAGAAAGAGCAGUAAAUGUUCCAGAGGUCAAAGAGUCCAUGACCGAACCAGACAGUCUGUCAGAGGACAAUAAGUCAUUAACACAUGAGGGGAAGUCAUUUGGGACAUGUGAGCUCAAAAUAGUGGAGGAGGAGAAUAUCUAUGACACCAUCCGUUUUAGGGAGCCACCAUCAACAAAGGUCAAGGAAACAAAUGAAGGUGAUAAAUUAAAACAAGAGAGGGACAGUCUCCUGGUGUCAGAACAAGACCUGACUGCAAGUCUUGGAGCAUUUGUUUCUGAGGAGAGCCCCCACUUUAGAGAGGAUGAAGGACCAUCCCCCUGUCUUGCCCCAUGUUCUUCUGAGCCAGAUUUUUCCUCUUCUUCCGCCUCUGAUACCUUUUCCCAGAGCUCACAGAAAAGCGAUAAGAUGUCUGAGCAGGUCGAUGAUCUUUGGAAUGACUUGGAAAACUACAUCAAGAACAACGAGAAGAAAGCUGAUCGACUCCCUGCUGCAUUCCCUGUGAGUACCAGUGAGUCCCCGAAGAAGCCUUCAUCUGUCAAAAACAGUCCUGUGACGAACGCUCCUGUAGAUAGUCCUCGUGCAGCUAGUGGGCCAACCAAGAGUCCCCCAGCACAUCAGUCCAAGCCCCCACCUGUGACCUCCACACCCUCAUUCACCAUCCCAGUUAUCAACCUUCCUGAACAAAGUGAAGGUACUACUGAAGAAGAAAACCACAGCCCUUCUCUGGCUUUACGCCCCCUUCCUGUCACCCCAGAGCCGGUCCCCCCAGAGCCUGUCCCAGGAACAGUGAAGAGCAUCCGCAACAGACUGGCUCGUCUCAGCAGCGGCAGCUUUCGCCUGGAGGACGAUGAUCUGGUGGAGCUUCCCCAACGAAACACCCCUCAGAGAGAGAAUGCACUCAAGGACUUUCACAGUUUGUUCCCGGGGGAGCUGGCAGGUCUGGACUCACCCUUGGCAUCCUCCUCUCUUCUGCUGGGUGAGUCUGUGGACUUUCCCCUGGAACUGAUGGACAAAACUAAGAGCCGUGUGUUCCUCAUGGCACGACAGUACAGCCAGAAGAUUAAGAAAGCAAACCAGCUGCUGCGCAUGAGGAGCAUGGACCCUGGGGACUCGUGUAGUCGGGCCAGAGCAGAGAAGAAACAGAAAGACCUUGCAGCCAUCUUAGAGGAGAAGAAACAAGGAGGUGCAGCCAUAGGUGCAAGGAUAGCAGAGUACUCCCAGCUCUAUGACCAGGUGAUGUUUAAGGAUUCCCCCAGUCCAACCUCUGCUACCCCUCAUCAUUCUCAUCCAGGUCUGUCGUCCUCUCCGUCCAUGCCUGAGACCUCUCUGGAAGAGGACUGGCUCCACUCCACCUACAGCAACGGAGAGCUGGCCAGCUUUGUGUCCUUGUCUAGCGAGGCGGGGGACGCUCGAGCGUCUUCUACUCCUCAGCGCAGGCUUACUUCGGCCUGCUCUACCCCUUCUUUUUUCCCUCCAUCUCCAACCACUCCGCCAUCACAGAGAUGGAGCUCAUGUGUGUCGGCGCCUAGCGAGAAAGAAGAGCACGUGUACAGUUCCAUUAAGAGACAUCCAUCCUUUAAUGCACCAUCUUUGCCCUCAAAGUCCUCCCCUUCUGCUCAGUCAGUCAGUUCUAUGGGCAGCCAGCAGCAGGACAACAACCAGUCUGGACUUAAAUGUAAUGGACUCAAUGAGGAUCGAUCCACAGACAGACUUCAUGGUCCAAGUCUAGGCCGAGCUGGCCGGCAAAGUAGCCUCCCAGAGCGGUCUACCCAGGGGCUUUCAGAGCUCACUUUGCAUGAUGGCCAGAAGGUGGUGGUCCUGAAUCGGGCUUCUGCACUGAGCAUACUCACCGCUACCCAGAACUACCUGGCCAACUUCAAGGACAAUGGGGAAGAUGACGACGACUAUGUCGAAAUCCGCUCAGAGGAUGAGAGUGAACAAGAGCGAGACCGGUUGGCAGAGAAGAAUGGCAGCUCAGCCGUUCUUGCUGGUCAGAAUCGGGGUCCCGUCCAGUCUCAGAGUCUGCCGUGCACCCCGAUUCGCUCAUGUGACCCGCUGAGAUCUCUGGACCACGAGCAUCUGGAAAAGUACCUGUGGAACGAGCCGCAGCAGAGCCAGCCCAACAUCGUCCAGUCCCUGAGGGAGAAGUUUCAGUGUCUGAGCUCCAGUAGCUUUGCCUGAGACUACAUGUCAACUAAAAGCCAAAUAUAUAUUAACUUACAGCAUAUAUCAACAAAGGGAACAAUGCUGCUUGGCCUUGAACACCCUACAUCAUAAAACACAAACAACUAUAAAGAAAAUAUAACAACUCUCGGUGUAGAUCAGCCAUGUUUGUAAUGACAUGUUAAUGCCUUUGCCUUCUGUUACAAUACUUCAAAGUUUAACAUAAUAGGCUACUAUUAAUGGUCAAAAUGCUACAUCAAAGCUUGCAUGUAAGCUGCCUUAGCACUUCCAGAGAUCGGGGGAUGGGGGUUUGCAAGGUGUUAUCAAAGCAAAGUUCUCAGCUGUCGGUGAGAGGAGUCCAGUGUGACUGAAGAGAGUUUAAUAUUCAAACUCUUUGAUUGCUUUAUUUGUGGACCUUGUAGACAUAAUUGGAGUGAACUGUUGUACAGUAGUUCAGGAUACUGACUGAGAUGUUCUCUUUUCUGUGCUCGAGAUCUUAGACUUACUCAAACAUCUGGUGGUCUUUAGACAGAUUGUGACCUACCAUGUCAGAAGUACCUCUUCAAUCGUCGUCUUAAGGUUAUUUUAACUGCACUUUCACCUCUAGUUAAUAUUUACCCGUAUAGGAGAGGUGACCCCAGAGUCGCGGCUAGUGUUCUAAACCUUGCUUACAGUAUCAAACGGUUCAGAACGAGCAGCUUUACAAAUACACACUUCAAAUUUUGCAGUCUUCAGAUGUGCUACUCAGGCUAGAUUCUUCACCUUUAGGUGGCUACCGCGGGAUCCGAUAGAUUAAGUAUAACUAGACAUAGACUUGUAAAUCUAUUUGAAGUUACUGUACGUCACUCUGCCUGCCACCUUUCUAGGGUAUCGUGCUUUAAAAAUCAAGAGAAGAUGCUGAUAUUUUAGAAGAUCAAUAAGAAAAGAUAGGAUUAAAUAUUUAUUUUGAAUCUGUGAGCAAAUCAAAUGUUUGUUUUUUUUUGUUUGUUUGUUUUUUUUUGUUUUUUAACGUGUAAACGUUUGGGGCCAUUCAUCGUGCACAGCUAAAUGUUCAUCCCAAUAAAUAAAUUGUGCUUGUGUGUGUGUGUAUUUUUUUUAAUCAUAUUUUAACCUUUGGUUUUUAAGAGGGACCACAAAGGAAAGCAUAAAGGAGCAUUACAACAGUACUGUAUAUGGUGUAGUUUUUUUUUUUGUUUUUUUUUUAACUCAUGGAACAGCAGCUGUUUGUUUACCUUGUUUACGGGACACUCCCAACUGCCACACUACUGAUACGACAUCCUGACUCACAGAAAGUCACAUUUGAUAGUUUAAGGUUCAAACGCCACAUUUGUUUCCUCCUUUCAAAGCAAAACCCAAGAGUUGUGCCACACUUGUUUUCAUUUCUCAAUGUGUCCUAUUUAUUCAAAAACCAUCCCCACCCAUUACUGCCCCGCGAGCCACCGGCUGGUUGUAAAUGAAACUAGAAUAUAUUUAUUAAAAGAUGGUUUUUAUUAGAAUUUAGGAGCUCACAAAAUUUGUAUCAAAUACUGUGAAUAUUAUCAGAAGAUGUUUCUAUCGCGCACUGCUUGAUGAAUACAAAAACACGAAACAUUUGAAAAAGCACAACAUCAUGGCCUGUUGUUCACAUCAGGAAAAUUGCACCAAACACAAGUUAGGACUAUGAAGUAUUUGUGUUCCAUUGUACAUUUUUGUCCUGUUUCACUGGUGGGGAUUGUCAGUUUUCAUUGACUUUUUUUUUUCCCUCUUUUGCACUUUUGUCCAUUUUUUUUUACGUUGAAUUUGUAAACACUUUGUAAAGAUGUACAUUUUAGGAGGGUUAUUCUUCUAUGCCAUAGGUAUGCUUUUAAAUGCUUUGAUGUUUAAGUUAAGUCUACUGUAUUUUUUUAACUGGCUAGUUGUCAUGGCUCAACAAACUGU